UUUCCAAAGCCGUUGGAGCCUUUGCUCGCCGGUCUCGGGAUGUAUCUAAUCAUCCCUCAUUGUCUUGUCUCUGUUACGCUUUUCGCAAACUUUUGUAACCUUCCCGACCACCAUGACACUUUUCCUUUGUUUUGGUUUCUGGUGGUCGGAGAUCAUUUUAUCAAGCUUUCCAGAACCUUAUCUCCCAGCUGGUCAUCUAAUCUGCUACAUGCUUGCGAUGAAACUUACCCCGCUUUCUUAUUGGCGAGAUCCCUCAAAGCCAAAUUUGCAAAAAUGCUUGAAUUCGGGCUUAAUCUUUCACAUGCGUCUAGAUCCAUGGAGUCUUGUUGGUUCGCGAGCCUCGUCGACCACCGAUCUCACCAGAAUUUAGCAACGCUCGAACCGGAGAUGAAGAUGGCGGCGGAAGGGUUAACCCUAAUCCAUCAAGCCCUUUCCGUCUUGGUUCCCGUCACUCUCUCCAAUUGGUACCGCAGUCUGUCGCCUUUGUCUUCUCCGGUGCCACAACCUUUGGCGAUGUCUCUUUCAACUCCGAUCAUCUGCUCGCCGUCGCCCAGCCGCUACACACAACGCCUCAUCGCCCCUGUCAAAAGGAAGGAAACUAGGGAUUUCGGUUAUGGGCUUUUCCCUUUACGGCCCAUUAUGUCUUCUCUCUUGGCACUUUCAUGUGUUUGGCCCAAUAAAGUGUUUUUGCAAAAGCCCAGGUCUGAUCAAAACCCUUCUUUGUCCAUUUUUAGCAAGCGUUGGUGUCGAUUCAUGGAACCAGUUGUUCAAGGAUAACAAUUAGAACAUAGUCGACCAUUGUUGCUUUGUUGGUACAAUUAUAACUUGAGAGCUCUGCCUUUAGAAUCACCUAGGGAGAAUAUUCAUAAAAGCAAAAGAGUGAAAAAGAACGGCAUUAUGAUCCAUGGAUAAGUGGUUAGUGGUUACCAAAGCUUCUUCAACCUUCUAUAUCCAGCAGUCUCCUCCGUGGAGCACUUUUCUAAAAGUUUGUAUGUGUUAAUCGAGCGAUCCGUCUAUGACCACCCGUUUGUCGAGGAUUUCGCGAAGCCCGUUUUCAUGGUCGAAUCCUCUAUCGCCUCGACAGAUUUUUCAAACAUUGCAAACUUUUUAAAGGUGGGCCUCCCUUUGGAAAACUCAUGGAGCUUGUAUCUUUAUUCUAAUUGUAUUAUCUUAGUUUUAGAUCCUAAGUGAAUGAAAGUUUUGUUUGACAAAAAAAAAAAAAAAUUAAUUGCCACGAUUUAGAAAAUAUUUUGAGAAUAAGAUAGUUUUAACAUUGAAA